AUGGCCCUCUCGGAUCAAAGGACCAUGUCGUCGCCGUUAAAGAAACAACAGCAUGAGAUAGAAGUCGUGGCUGAUAGGGUGCUCAAGAGGGUGGAAAUUAGUAGGAUGGUCAGAAGACUACAGAACCGCCUCGCCCUCGCUCAGUUCAAGACAAAACAUGGCCUCGAAGACCUUACCCUCGACAGCAUCGAGCCCCGGUUCGAAAAAGAGCUGCGUCGAAGCAGGCUUCAAGACGGCGAUGUCCUGUCCGACUCCUCCUCCAGCGCUUCCGAUCUUCCAUACCCCACACGAGGCCUGAUGAGCUCACCACUGAAGGCUCCCGUUUUCUCCGAUGCCAUCGGAUCCAGCAACGGUACCUCAGGUCACCGCAAGCGCUCGUAUCUGGCAUCCUUCGAGUACGACCAAAGCAUGUCGAGUCCAAGCAAACGGUUCCGCCAGUCACCCACCGCUCACCGUUCCUUCACGCACGGCAGCCACGCCUCCUGGAAAGACCACCACGACCUGGCCCAGUCAUCACCCUUGAAACCUCAACGACAACGUCAUUUUACUACCUCGACAGGCCCCAACGUGGCCUUGUUUGAUACCUCGAGACAGAUGAGCAAGGUUCUGGCCUCGCCUGGCUACGGUGCCAAUCACUCAGACGACGAAGACGACGCCCCCAUACACUCGUUUGCACACUCUCACGUGCGGGUAUCGCCGCCAAGGACGCCGCCGAUGCGCACUCGCAACGUCCUCGGCGGAAGGAAGAAGGAAAAUAAACACCCCUUGCCCACCAUUCGCCGGCCUUUGGGAACAAAUACAUCGAUGGGGGGUCAACAACCCCAAGAAAAGACAAACGAGGAGGGUGCGGAUUUGCUUCUCUAUCUGGCAGCCUCGCCGUCUCCGGCCCGUCCGACCAAGAGGCGAUUCGAUAGUAACAAUCAUGUUGCCCACAAUCACCACCUUCUAAUGGAACCGCCAUCGACUCCACCGCAGAAGCACUUGGGCCUUCUUAGCAGCAACAGGUUGGCGUUGCCCUCGUCCAUGAUGACGACACCUGGAGGCGGAAAUCCGUUCCCCAAUACUCCUGGCUUUGGCUUCGACUUUUCCGACUUCGUUCACAUGACGCCUAGUCCGGCGCAGAAGCCUUGGAAGACGCCAAUGGCUAAGACGCCGCUCAGCGUUUCACGGAGGCGUCUCACGUUUGAUGAAUAG